AUGGACGAACGCAGUCUGUCCCAGAACUCGUUAGCUCGUCGAGAGAUGCGUGGUGGUGUAACUGCGUCGGAUUUUGAUGCUGUAGCUAGGGCUCCACACCUCACUGCUUCUCAACUUCAUGGAAUGCUGCAGAUUGACGCGUUGCUUCGAAACAUAUCACUGUUGUCACGUUUCCUGUAUACAGAAGAGGAAGUGAAAGAUGAGGACGUACCGUGGACAUGGGAUUACAUAUUUGCUUCGGUAUCUACUGAACUGAGAGACGAGUGGGCGCAGGAAGAAGGCGAUGAGCCAAUUCGGCCGGCUGCUGUGUACAGAAACACAAUUCUUAUUGUUGGAUGUGGUCUCGUAUUUUAUGCUGUGUACUGUCUUGUGGCUUAUGAUGAUCGUAGCCAUGUCGAUGUGCAUCGUCGACAAAAACAUCUGUACUUGACUGUUUCCAAGGAUAGGAUUGGGCAAAGGUUCGAUAAGCUAGCUCCUAAACGGAUUUUAAUGUGGACAAAAGUGUUUCGAGAAGAGAAGAAAAUUGAUUUCGGCGACUGCAAAGGAUUUUCCGAUCGCUGCAUUGUAACCUACAACAAAUCCUUGAUAAGUGCGGCGGAUGCGGUCGUAUUUCAUGCGGUCGACAUUGCUGAUGGACCUCUCCCUGAAGCAGAAAGCCGUCGUCCUCAUCAGAGAUAUGUGUUCUUGACUAUGGAAACACCACUCAAUAGUGGUCUACAUGCAGUACCAUUGAACUUUUUUAACUGGACAGCUACAUAUCUAAUGUCAUCAGAUGUUGUUUACAAAUACGGUGUUUACUUUCUUCCUGCGAAGGUGGCUGAAGAAAAAGGUUUCAAGUUCACCGAUUUUCACGUUGAUUACUCAUUUCCCAAGAAGAAAUCCGGUAUUUUCGGAUUUAUUUCGAAUUGCAAUACUUCUUCGAAGAGGGAACUCGCUUUGAGAGAACUUUCUAAGUACAUAAAUGUUACCGUAGGUGGUAAAUGCGCACAUGAUAAAGCUAAUGUCGAUCUCUGCCGGCUGGGUGAGAACUGCCUGGGUAUCUAUAGCGACUAUCCAUUCUAUUUAGCCCUUGAGAAUUCGAUUUGUAAGGACUACGUCACGGAAAAAUACUGGGACAAACUUUCGGUGCCAAGCAUUCCAAUAGUGAUGAGAAGGAAAAUUUUUGAAACGAUCACAAUGCCGCCCCAUUCAUUCAUUGCAAUGGACGAUUAUAAUUCGCCAAAAGAAAUGGCCGAGCAUUUGAUUCGAUUAGAAUCGGACAGGCAAGCAUAUGCAGAGUAUUUUGCAUGGAGGAAGGGAGGAUGGACAGCGGCACCAUGGAAUGCACCCGGAUAUCGCAACGGAUAUUGUCGGUUAUGCGAACGCCUCUGGGAGGAGAAUCAAGAGCCUAAAGUGAUUCCAGACGUGUGGAGUUGGUUCAAGACAGAGUCACAGUGUGAAGGCUCCCAAUUCGUGAAAAAUUGGAUCAAAAAGAACAGUGCCGUUUAA